UCUGAUGGGGAAGGGCUUAAAGGCUGAGUCAAAAGCCAAGAAGUCUCUUUAUUUACGCCUACCUCCCAGCCCUUGGCAAUCUGACUAACAACAAACUGAGCUAACAAGAAAGUCUAGAAAGUGCACAGAGAACACCGAAGCAGCUAGGAUCUAAAAAUCUGACGAACAGAGUGAUCUUGUAAAGCUGUGAUUAACAUCUUGUUUGUUUACUGCAUCCGAGUGCUCGCAAACAGUUAACUGCAUGCGGAAAAGUCAGCAUAGCUGUGAACUAUGCUGUGAAUUUUAAUUGAGGGAAAAGGAAAACUGCUUACAGGAUGGUCUAAUGUGCACUCUGUCUGGAUUUUUUUUUUUUUUUUUUUUUUCAGUUGAAGGCUUUGUACUUUGUCUUCUGAACAAGGAUUUUGACUUUAUGGAGCUGUAGUAUCACCAGAGCUUUCAGCAAAUAAACUGAGAAGCAAGUGCAUAUUUUUCACAGAGAAAAAUUAUAUUGCAUUCAAACAGCUGUUCCAACCGUGCAUUACUGAGCAUUUCAGGGAGUUUUACUGCUGUACAGAAUCUGCUGAGCAAGAUGAAGCUCUGGAUUUUUAUGGUAUGUUCAGUUCUGGUUGCAUCUGAUCCUUUCCAGUCAGAAACUUCUUUUUCUAGAGUCAGAGGAUCUUGUCAGAGUUUGUGUUCCUGUGAAGAAAAGGAUGACACUAUGAUUAUAAACUGUGAAGAAAGAGGCAUCAAGACUGUGUCAGAAAUAAAUGUCCCACCAUCACGGCCUUUCCAUCUUAAUUUGUUAAACAAUGGCCUGACAAUGCUACAUGUGAAUGAUUUUGCUGGCCUUGUUAAUGCUAUCUCUCUACAUCUUGGAUUUAAUAAUAUUGCAGAUAUUGAGCCUGGGGCUUUCAAUGGUCUCAGCCUCCUUAAGCAACUUCAUAUCAAUCACAAUUCUUUAGAAAUACUUAAAGAAGAUACAUUUGAUGGAUUGGAAAAUUUGGAAUUUCUUCAAGCAGACAACAAUUUCAUCACAGUGAUUGAAGCAAGUGCCUUUAGCAAGCUCAGUAGGCUUAAAGUGCUUAUUUUGAAUGAUAAUGCUAUUGAGUACCUUCCUCCAAACAUAUUUCGUUUUGUGCCAUUGACCCAUUUAGAUCUUCGUGGAAACCAGUUACAGACGCUACCAUAUGUUGGCUUUUUAGAACACAUUGGUAGAAUACUAGACCUUCAGUUGGAAGAUAAUAAAUGGGCUUGUAACUGUGAUUUGCUUCAGCUGAAAACAUGGCUAGAAAACAUGCCUCCCCAGUCAAUAAUAGGAGAUGUUGUAUGCAAUAGCCCUCCAGUUAUCAAAGGCAGCAUAUUGAACAGGUUGAAAAAAGAAUCACUUUGUCCCAUUCCUACUGUCAAUGAACUUGAAGAUCCUUCAGGGUCACUGCCCUUGGUUGUAACCACCUCUGUCAGUGAUAGUCACCUGUCAACUAAGGUCAUUCCUAUCCUGAAAGCUCCUACUAAAGAAACAAAUUUAAUGCUUCAUACUUCAAAGCCAACUACACAAUUUCCAGGAAUCUAUUGUCCCAUUCCCUGUCACUGCACCAGCCAUAUGCUCUCAGGAGUUCUCAUGCACUGUCAGGAGCGAAAUAUUGAAAGCUUGUCUGAUUUAGGACCUCCUCCUACAAAUCCUAAAAAGCUUAUUCUAGCUGGAAACAUUAUUCAGACACUACUUAAGUCAGAUCUCGUGGACUAUGCUAGUCUGGAAAUGCUUCAUCUGGGGAACAAUCGUAUUGAAAUCCUUGAGGAAGGAGCCUUCAUGAAUCUGACUAGACUGCAGAAACUGUAUCUCAAUGGCAAUCAUCUUACAAAGCUAAGUCAGAAUCUCUUCCUUGGCCUGCAUCACCUUGAAUAUUUGUACCUUGAAUAUAAUGCCAUCAAAGAAGUUUUACCAGGGACAUUCAAUACAAUGCCAAAACUUAAGGUCCUCUACUUAAAUAAUAACCUUUUGCAGACUUUACCACCCCAUAUCUUUUCUGGGGUUCCACUUGCCAGAUUAAAUCUGAAAACAAACCAGUUUGCUCAUUUGCCUGUGAGCAAUGUCUUGGAUGAACUGGAUAUGCUGGUACAAAUUGAACUUGAAGACAACCCCUGGGAUUGUACAUGUGAUUCAGUUGGAUUGCAAAAAUGGAUACAAAAGCUGAGUAAGAAUACAAUUAUGGGUGACAUUUUUUGUAAAUCUCCAGGACACUUAGAAAAAAAAGAACUGAAAUCCCUCAACAGUGAAGUCUUGUGUCCAGAUUUAAUGAACAGCCCUGCCCUACCAACUCAUGCCAGUUUUGUUGUUGUAACAACUUCUACUACUACUAGCAACACUGCAGACACCAUCCUGCAAUCACUUACGGAUGCUGUCCCACUUUCUGUUCUAAUACUGGGACUUCUAAUUGUGUUUAUAAUUAUUGUAUUUUGUGCAGCAGGAAUAGUUGUUCUGGUUCUGCAUCGGCGGCGAAGAUGUAAAAAGAAACAAGCCAAUGAACAAAUGAGGGAUAGUAGCCCAGUUCACCUUCAGUACAGCAUGUAUGGGCAUAAGACAACACACCACACAACAGAGCGUCCAGCUGCAGCUCUCUAUGAGCAACGUAUGGUUACUCCCAUGGUUCAGGUCUAUCACAGCCCAUCCUUCAGCCCAAAGCAUACUGAACAACAAGAAGAGGGAUGUGAGAAAGCAGCUAAUGAUUCCAAACAUCUCCGCAGAAGUCUCCUGGAAAGAGAGAAUAGUUCACCACUUACUGGUUCAAAUGUCAAAUAUACGGCUACAGAUCAAUCUGCAGAAUUUCUGUCUUUUCAAGAUGCCAGCUGCUUGUAUAGAAACAUUCUUGAAAAAGAGAGAGAACUGCAGCAACUUGGAAUCACAGAGUACUUAAGAAAAAAUAUUGUCCAACUCCAGCCUGAAAUGGAAGUACAUUAUCCUGGAACACAUGAGGAACUAAAGCUAAUGGAGACACUAAUGUACUCCAGACCAAGAAAGGUUUUUCUAGAACAAACUAAGAAUGAGUAUUUUGAACUCAAAGCUAAUUUACAUGCUGAGCCUGACUACCUGGAAGUCCUGGAGCAGCAAACAUGAAGUGAUAACACACUGGGCUAGGGCCAUAUUUCUGUAAUUCCAUUUAAAGUUGGAACUGUUGAAAAUAAAAGUGCCUUGUAAUGACAUGUCAACAGUCAAGCACAGCAGCAAUCCUAGCAAAAAAAAAAACCUCAGGGAUCACUGUGGGAAGCCAUGGGGUUGUGUGUAGACAAUAUGCCUCACCUCAAGUUAAACAUGAGAUGUAUGACUGAACUGUGAGAGGAAGAUUGCUAAUUGCAAUAUUCCUCAGCAUUUUUUUAAAGGUGUGUAUGGCACUCCCUUUUGUGUACCUAACCUAUGAAAAAAUGUUUGUUACCUGUACUCUGGUUUUCCCCUAGUUGAAUUAGAUUCCUUAAAACAAACACAAAAAGAAAAAUAAACAAGCCCUCACACCCGUGUUUGUAGUUAAAAGCUUAGUGUGUAUUGAUUAAGUAUUAGUAUGAGCACUGCGUACAUGACUAUUGUCUACAACCACACGUAACGUACUCUUAUAAUAAAUAUGAAAGGAUUUAAAAUGUUGUCAUGCUAAAUGUCAGUUAAAAACAAAAAAGAAAGAUUUUUGUGUAUCCACCUAUUGACCCAGAGCCUGCAUACAUUUAAUAUUUUAUAUGGAACUUCAAUCAUAUGAAUUCUUUAUCAGUAUGAGGAUGGAAAAAUAUUUAUGUUUACCCAACAUCUUACAACAAGAAGAAAAAUAGCAAGCCUUUUGAUACUUUCCCUAUCUGAUAGCUUUACUUAAGCUUGGACAAUCUUUUCUUAAGCUGCUGCUAUAAAAUAUUGUGCAUCACUGGUGUUUUAACUCAUAAUCAUGGGCAAUUGGAAAAGCUACUGAGAUUCAGCUGUAAAUAUAUUGCUGUAUUUAAUAAGUUCGAUUUUUAUAUAUCUAUCUAUAAAAAUAAUUUCUGUGCUCGCUUUAAAUAUCCUUGGAGGAAAUUAGUUUCUGUGACUAAGAACUUCCAGGUGCAAAAGCAGGUCCUUUCCCUCCCUACCCAAAAGCAACUUCCAAACAGAAUAGCUGCAACAAAAUAUGUGUGAGGAACAGUAAUAGUAUUUAGCUGUUGUUUGUACAAAAAUAUGUUAUAUUUUGCAGUAUCUAGAAGAAAGUAAAGUGUUGUGGGGAAAAAUACAAAAAAAAGUAGAACACAGCAGAUUUAUUUUUGCAAUGAAUUCUAGCUAGAUUUAUAUAUACUAUUUAUUCUGUAUAAUUUUGUAUUUUUUUUUCAACUCACAAGAAAAGAAAAAGCUUAUUCCUAGCUGCCUUUCAGGAAAAUUAAGGAACUGGUCUCUAUCAGUGAAAAUGAAAUAAAUAAUUUUUUUAAUGUUUUUUUUCUUAAAAGUCACUUUUUAAAGAAUAAGGCAGCAAUUUCUGCAUGCACAAGUUUAGAAUUGUUCAGAAAUUGUCAGAAGACAAUGCUUCUCAUUGUUGUCAUGUAGACAGGAUCAUCUUGUCUGGAGUGCAGUAAGGUCAUUCAGUUUCUGUGCAUGACUGACACAGUGCCAAAACACAAGUUCUGACCUUCAUAUAUUUUCCUCUGAGCAAAUCUUCUGUAAACUGACUAUGCAUGAAGAACUUCCAUUUUGCUAAUUACUGUUUGUUGAGCUGAGGAUCAGCUGAAUUGCUAUAUGUCUACAUAUGAAUGCCAGACUUUACAUUGAAGUUUUGAUAAACUCAAAGUAAAGAGAUAUAUUCUUUAUCUUUUUAGUUUAUCUUACUGCUGAUGUAUUACCUCUAGGUAUAUGCAAGUGAGUUCUUCAUUUUAUUUGCACAUAGGUUUCUGACAUGUUUUUUUCCUAUGUUACAUACACAAGUCAGAUUCUCAGUUCUUUUGAAUUUGCAUAGAGAUAAUGAUUUUGAUGGUGCUAGUCUAUUUUCUGUAACCUGAGAAUCUGACCACUUGUCUCUGUUAACAAAUCAGUUUCCUUAUUAACUGAGUUUUUGAGAAGUCAUCACUUUACUAUUGAAACUAACUCCUUGGUUUCCAAGAAUCAAAAUGCUAUUUGUUAGAAAAUAAUAUUCUUUCUUCUUUCUAUAAAUGAGAAUAAUUUAGUUUAGAAUACCUCUGUAUUUAUGAGCAUUAGGAAGAGUAAAUCUGGUUACAAUUUAUAUGUUUUCUUGCUAUCUUUGUUCUAGACAAGUAAAGGUAAUGCUGAGUACUACUUGUGGAGGUAAGAAUAAGACAAAGUUGGAAAAUGCAACUAUAUUAAAUUUACAUUAACUUAAGUACCUAGUGUUAUUUUAGCUGUCCUUGAACUUUUAAGACAUGUGAAUGGAUUUCAUGGACCUGUCACAGAUUCUAUGGAAAGCCAAACCUUGAUCUUGAGGAGAGACCAGAGUUCAAUUGGGAUUGCAUAGAGCAUUAAAAUGACACUAGUUUUCUACUUUUAGCAAUUAAAUUCCACUCAGAAAAUAAUCUAUUAAGACCAAUAAAAAACUGAAUUCAGUCAAUGGGAAUGGCACUAAGAACUGACUGAAUUUUGAAUCUGUCCCACAAAUGUUGUUAUUUUCUGAAUUCUCAGUGAUUUAAAAUUUGUGCAGAGAGAAAAAUAACAAAUAUUUAUAUGGUACAUUAUAAACUUUAGUAUUUUGGUGUCUUUCAUUUCAGUAGUCUUUUCAAUUAGAAAAAAAAAAUGGGUGUAAAAUUAAUACUCUCUAAUUGUCAGGACACAUGGAAAUGAUGAUUCAGGCCCUCAGGCUUUGAUUUAAGAGAAAUAGUUUCAGACUAAAGACAAUUGCCACAUGCACAGAUGUCACUUUGCUUAGCUGUUAACAGAGAAUUGGCACAAUGUUGAGGACAACUAUGUGACAAAACCUUCUUCUUCUUUGCCAUCUCAAGGCAUCAGAAAAAAAGAAUGAGCUAAAUUCAUGUCAGAGCAACUCAGAUACAAACCUGUAUUAGAGCAUCACUCAGAACAAAUAAAUAGAGCUUUAGCUUUUAGCUUUCCCUCAGACGGGAGAUCCACACCAUUCAUUAUGUCAGGGUGACUGUACUCUGUGGUAGUCUGCAAAACUGCAAGAAGUUUUGCAGUAUCCAGGAAUCACAAAAAUAUGUCACAUGUCAUCCAUUUUCCUACUGUCUGUUCCUGCUGGACUGUCAUGUAUUAAAUGUUUGUAUAAUGAGGUGAGAACAGGUCCGUCUAUUGUUUUUACUCAUGGUAACAUUCUUAGACUGUUCUUUUCCAGCUAUGAGGAAAAUGUAUAUUGCUAUAACAAAAAGGGAUAAGAAUUUGGCUUUGUAUGAUUAUUCUUCAGCUGAGGAAUAUCAAUAUUCAUUAACACAAAAUCAUAACAUAAGGCACUUAUUAUAUUUGAAAGAGAAAAGCAUGAAAUAUCUAUUUGUAAAGGUUCCUUGGAAUGUGUUCAUUAUACCAAUUAGAAAUAUUACCUAACAUUGUAACUGUUUAACUGUUGUUUCUGGAAACUUGGAAGGAGUAUUCAGAUUAUUAUUAUUUUUUGUUGUUGUUGUUAAAGCCAUGUUCUUAUAUUUUUUUUUCCAAUGAUAGAUACAGUAAAGUGGUUUCAUACCUUUCACUUAGCUAGAAUAAUAGAGUCUGGAAGAAACGCUGGAAGCUUGACAGUCUGCAGCAAAGUGAAUUCAUUUUUCUCCUGUCAGCAUGAUAGUUUAAUUGUGUGCAAGAAUAGUGCUUUAUCAAGCACACUAGUGUACUUGGCAGAUAUGUUAUUGUUGUUAGGGUACUUCAAGAUAACCAACAAUACUAUUUUCCUUCUCACAUUCGAGUGAAGAAAAUACACAAUAACAAUACGGAUCCAAUCCCUAAAUAAUAAUUAAACAUACAAAAACACUUAUUUGCACUUACUUCUUUUAACUUGGCUUUAUCUAUUUAACCUCAUAGAAGUCAAAUGCAUUUCCUUUUAUUUCUGCUACAUGUUUUUUCUCUCAUAGGCUUUUAGUAUUGAUACUGAAUAUAUUGCCUACAGUAAUGCCUUUUCAAGCUUCUGAACAGAAAAAAACCAACACUCCCACAAAAACUCUAUCAAAAACUGAAUUUGCAUGUAAAGUAGGGUAUUUGCCUAUUCAGUAUUUUUACAUAUUCUUCUCCAUUAGAAUGGCAUGUAUUCUGUAACCAAAUUCUAAAAUGAAAAUGAGUCCAUACUUCUAGUCUGUGAUGUGUCAAAGCUACAAGAUUUGAAUGUGAGCUUUCUUCACCUGCCAUUAUUGUUUCACUAUUUGGAACCUGAGGAUCAGGUUCUAUCCUCUCUCUUCAUGACAAGGAAGUUCCCAGUAUAACCCCUAAUCGCAGCUCUUAUACAAUGUACUAUUGUUUACAUACACAGAGAUUGCUAGUUGCAUAGUAUUCUAAACUGAAAAGUUAUGUAUGACUGAAAGGGCAAUCUAUCUUAUCAAGAUCCUGGUAUGUGAGUAAAAAAAAGUAAAUUUACUGAAAUAAAAAUAUAAUUUCAGAGGGUUUAGACUUAGAGGCAAGUGAAAAAAGGAGACUGAGUCUCGAAAUCAUCAUCAUAAGGGAUUCCAUAUCAUUAUUCUGAGGAUGCAGUUUUCUAGGGCAAUGUAGUUUAUCAGCCACACCAGAGCAAUCUGUAAGUUUCAUGUAGAUGCACUGAAAUCUUUAAGAGCACUUGUCCUAAUUCAAAAGAUCAGCUGAUACCUGUGCUGAAGACGGCAUACUUCUGUUCUCUUGUACUGCCUCAGUACAGAAUACCUUCAUUUCCAUCAUGGACAAAUCCUGCUCAGAUAGCUCUCUGGCAGUAAAAUUGAAACCUGCACCUUGGGGAGGUUUUGAAUGUGUUCACUGCCUUCAAUGUUCAGUUCCUCUGGCACUUGAUGUUAGGUGCAUCGUACUGGAUUUGGGACAGGGAAGACUGAUCUAUUAUAGAGCUUAAUUGAUAAUUCAAAAGAUUUGUCCCUUUUUGAUUUUCCAAAGUUUAUGAUAUUCUUGAACUUGUUCCAAGUAUUGGUAUCAAAUCCUUUUUUUAACUUGAAAUAUAAAUGAGCUGUAGCUGGAGUCAGUAUGAGGAGCUUACUUGCCAAACUGAAAAGAUAUAGCAUGACAUUUUCUUUCCUGCACAUCUCCUAGCAGUCAGCUUUGGCCUUUUGACACAAUAGAACAAAUUCUUAAAAGCAGUGGUCUAAUGGGAAGCAGCUAACCUCAAGAAAAAAGUAAAACACCAGAUGCUGUUCAGCUCUAUGAGAGCAAGAUGUGAUGAAGAUUUUUUGUUUUUCAAUCAACUUCAACAAGAUGGAGUGCAUAUGUUCCUCAUAUUACUACUACAAGGACUUCUAUUACUUUUAGUUCAUGCUAUGGAAUGAUGGCAUAGAGAAAAGAAGAAGCAACUUAAUUUUAUAUAUCAAAGAGUAGUGUUACUAUUAUAAUUUUACCUGUUUACUUCUCAUUUUGAGACAAAUUAUUUUAGGAAAUAUGACUUUAAAAAAUCUCACCAUUGUAAUUAAUUACCUACAAAACUACAGAUGAGUACAUAAUUAACUGUUCAAACAGAGAGAAAUCUGGAAUAAUUUAUAUAUGCAGAAAUCUGUCCUAGGGAAUAUUAGCAUAAGCUUGUUUUUUUUUUAAAUUAACUAUAACAUUUAUGUUGUUAGCUCAUAAAACUAUUAUUUUUAGUCUAAAAUAAAGAGCCAUAUGAGCAGUUUUGCAUGUUUUAAUAAAAAAACAAUAUAACACUUUCAUAAUUCUGCAUAUUUGGGUUAAGUACAUAUUAGAAAUUUCAUACUAAGACAUAUUGAAAAGAACAGUACUGUGAAAUAUAAUCUAAAAUAUCUCUCCUCUUUCUCUGUGUACAAGAAAUGCAGUGUGCUGUGCAAAAAAUGUAUAUUUUCCGGGUAAGAAGAAGAAACAGAUAAAUUAUUUUUUAUCUUUGUUAUACUUACUUUUGGAGAAGUGGAAUAUUUUGAAUUACUGUCCCUAUGGUGCAGUCUGAUUAUUUAGUUCAUAUGAGCUUGCAAAUAUUUAAGAAGAUCAGACUUAGAACAAUGAAAUGCAUGUAUUUAUUAACACAAAGACUUAACUAGUAGUCUAUGUAAACGUGUUCUUUUGUAAAUAGAAGGUAUUUGCACUUUUAAAAAGAUAUUGUGUGUCAAAUAUCCUUUGAAUAUAUCUUCAAAAUGGGAUCCCAAAGAUCCUCUUACAUCUUUAAAUAACACGUUAAAUGUGAGACUUGGGCUGUUAGUGCUGAGCUAGUUCAUGGUCAUCCAGACAGUCUGGAUGUUUAGAUGUUUGAAUGUCAUUGAAAAACUUCAAAGAAAACAUGCUGAAGAGGAACAGUAACAAUUAAAUAUUUAGAUGGCUCUUUUCAUAAUGCCCAAGGUGUUCAAUGUUCCAUGGAAUUAAAUCAUGAUUUAGGGAUGAAUAUAAAAUAUUAAUAAAUCAGAAAUGCAGCAUUUAGAUGCCACUGUUCACAAAUGGUAAAUGAUUCCAUGAGAUAUCAUGGAAUGAAGAUUAAAAUAGACUUUAACUGUCUUGUGUUAUGAAAGUGUCUUUAAGUAACUUAUAACCACAGGAAAAAAUGAUGAACAGGAGGGGAUUGUUGUGUAUUGACCACUCAUGCAUACAGAUUUUCUGAAGGCAAAUGCUGGGGAGGACAGCUAACUGCUGCCAUACAUGAUAUUAUGAAGGCUGAAUCAUGUUCAAUAGAUUCUUAGAUAAUUACGUGUUAUAGGUUUAAAACUGUCACUGCUCUAAACUCUGAAGUGUCAUCUGAAGUCAACAGGACUUCUUGCAGGCUCAGAUUCCAUGAAAAUUUUUAUUCAUAAAAACCUCUACAGAAUAAACAGAAGCUUUAUUAUUUUCCUACAUAAAGACAGUCCUGCAAAAAAUAUUGUUCCUUCUGAACUUUGUUUCCUGUCUUGAUCUAAAAGCCAUUAAAGCUAAGUAAAGAUUUAUUUCGGAUCUUGAUUUUGCAUAAUUUUAUUAGAAGUCUAUGGUUUUGUCUGCAAUUAUGUAUAUAUAUAAAAAGUGCAAAAACUUAGGUGUGUUGCUGCACCAAGUUUUUGACCAUCCAUAAUGAAUUAUGAGUAGAUAAGAUCAGCUAUGGUUCCCUAGGGCCAAAUCAUAUAUUAAUUUCAUGAAAGAGAUUCUGAAGAUUCCCAUGACACUAUCUCUUGAAAAGGUAGAAGCUAUAUACCAAAGUUCUUCUUUUUUUUUUUUUUUUUAAUGCAAAUUCCUAAGAAUUAUGAUAGUUUAAUAUUAUAUUAAUCUUAUAAUUUAAACCUCUGAAAGGUAGUACAAACCUGAAUACAUCUCUAACAAAAGCACUUAGCCGGAAGAGGAAAUGCGAGAUUCAAAAUCAGACUUUAAAGAGAAAUAUGUGAUAGACUAUUCAGAGAACAAAGUAUCAGUACUUGAAAUAAUUUAAUCUUAUUCCUUAAAGAUUUUUAAAUCUUUUUUCGUAUUUUUCUUUUUUUUUCUUUCUCUGAUGCUUGGGUUAAAACAAUGCCCAUAUGUUUUUCUGUCCUUCCUUGGAACUUCCUCAUAGAAUUGAGACCAAAGAUUCACCGCAGUAUUAACUAUGUAUACCUGUGCAUUAGAUCAACUAUGUUCCUUAGCUUGUUUAAGUAUUUCUUGCUUGAAAAAAAAAACUUUUUUUUUUAAUAUAUUAUAAAUUUUGUCUUGAUCAUGUUGUCAUGACUUUAUGCACCAGGUGAUGAUGCAGUCUCUAUUCUGGAUUUUCCAAAACAGAAGAGAUGGCUAAUGUUCUAAUAAAUUUGCUAUCUUAUAUUUCUUUUA